CGUCAGGUCAAGAUAUCCUGACGAGAUCUGUCCACACCGAGCACUUUGUUUAUUUCGGUCGACAGAGAAGCACCUUCAGUCUGCUGCUGACUUUUUAUUAGUCGCUGUGACAGAGCUCCAAAAUGAACUUCCUGCUGGGUUUAACACUUUUGUUGGUGACGCUGGGUCUCCUCGAUUCUGUACCUACGGAUCAAGGUGAAGGCAUCUCAGAGGACACUUUAAAACAGUUGUCACUGGGUGGUGAGAAGCUUGUGGAUGAGGAGGUAAGGAGAGCUUUGUAUGGGGUGAAGCAGAUGAAGGAGGUGAUGUGGAGGAAUGAGCAGAAGCAUGAACACCUGAUGAGGUCUUUGAGAAACAGCAGCGAAAAGAAGAAGGGGGCAGCAGAACUAGCCAAGGAGGUGACUGAGAAGCUAAAAGAGGCAGAGGAGCAGUGCAAAGACUCCCUGCAGACUGAGUGGGAGGACUGCAGACCCUGUCUGGAGGAUGCAUGUAAAAACUUCUAUACCUCCACCUGCCGCAGGGGCUUUGCUUCUUUCCAUACUAAGGUAGAAAACUUUUUUAAAAGAGUUUCCCGGCGCUUUGGUCCCCGUGAGACCAACUUGGAAGCAGGGGACAUUCUGGUAAACCAGGAUAACAACACAGACACAGAGAUCGUCCAGAUGGAAGACUCCUUCAACCGACUGGUCAAUAAAGUGGGAAUGCUGGUGAACCGUAGCGUCACCCUGGUCUCUAAGCUGAGCAGCAGGCUUGACAAAGCUCUUCAGAGAGCCUUUCUGAACAACACCGAUAUCCUGAUGGAAGAAACCACCUCUGAUCCCUACGACCCUGCCCGGGACUCGGGCUUCCUGCAGGGUGUGGGACUAGAGGAAGUACUGGAAUCCUUCUUUGACUUUGCUAAAAGUGUGGUGGAUGAGUUUGGAGCUGUGGUGACCCAGGUGUUUGAUGAUAUCCACAAGACAGUGGAGGAGGAGAAGAAGAAAGAGAGGGAAAGUCUUCCUCGCUUCCUGCAGAACAGGAAGCUGUGCAGAGCCCUCCGCAGACAGACAUCAGAGUGCUGGCAGCUACAGAGCGAGUGUGAGAACUGCCAGGGAGCUCUGCUCACAGAGUGUCCCAGUGUUCGGGAACUGCACGUGGAGUUGGAUGACGUUUCUCAGCUGCUGGAAAUCUCCAAAGAGCAGUUUGAUGAGAUCUUGUCUAUUGUCCAGCACCACACUGAUGAAACAGUCAGUUGGCUCAGCAACAUGUCGGCUGUAUACAGCUGGGUGGCUCAGGCUGUGAGCAACAGCAGCGCUUCACAAAAUAUCUUCCACAUCACCAAGGUGGCGCCAGAGAGCCACAAUGAACAGAAUGAGGCUGUUCGUGAGACCAAGGUGGAGGUAAGCAUCCUAAACUCUCCUCCGCUUACCCUCACCGUUCCCAGCGAGCUGGAGCUGCAGGACCCAGCCUUCAUUCAGUAUGUGGCUCGAGAGGCUCUGGAGAAGUACAAGGAGAUGGUCAGGUUUGAAGAUGAGUAAUACUGCAGUGUGCAACAGUGAAUACAACUCGAGCAUGUUUGUAUUGUAGCCAUCAUCUUGUUGAAAUCUACAAAUGUCAAAUCAAAGUCAGAAAGCAUCAGUAUUCAGUAAAGUAAAAAGAAGCAUAAAUUUAAAUGAAUUUUUAAAAAUAGCCACGUUUAAGAAAACAUCUGGACGUCUUGGGUCCGACUCUUCAAGAAGAUCACUGCAACUCGUCAAGAACACAAGUAGUAAAAGUAACCUUUGAGUAAACCUUUUAUUUUUUUUCCUGUACAAAAAUCAUUAUUAGUAACUUUUCUCAUUCAUUUCAUUAUUCAUGUCCCUACUAGUUCAAGUCCCCAUGUCUUUAUGUUUAAGAACAAUCACACAUGUUCUUUGAGUGAUGAACAGAAAGAAUUACAACAACAACAA